GAUAGACAAAACGAUUAAAUAAAUAUUUCAAUUUUAAGGACAGAGCAAUCUCGCCGAACGGCCAGUCAAUAAUUCUGACUGAUUCUGACCUUCGAAACCUGCUCAACAAGUGUCUUAUAUACACAUAUCGAAUAAAACAGUUUGAAAUAAUAUAUCAAGUGAUCAAAAAUUGAUGUGUACCACGCGUGAUAAAUCUCUGGUUAUAUAAGGGAUUAUAGGUGAAAUAAAAUUAGAGGGAGAAAGUGAAAGAACCGGUGAACGAGGAGAAAUUUUUCCGAGAGUGAUCUAUGAUUAAGUAGAUCGAUUAGAAAUCGCAGUAUAAUAUUUCGAGAGCACGUUGCAACAUGUGUACGAGUUUCGAAUAGGCAAGAAAAAGUAUCUGUACGAGAUAAAGUUGCCCUAAACAUUUACAAAGAGAUAACGAGGCUUGCUGAAUUGGAAAUUGGUUUGCUCACUCGCUUGCUGGAUCUUUUAGAUCAGUCUGUCCGUAUCAACCGACGAGCACGCUACAUUUACAAUGACCGAGCAAACGAAAAACACCGUCAUUAAUUUUGGUGCCGGACCGGGUAAACUUCCACACGAGGUAAUGCGAGAAGCACAGAAGGAAUUUCUCGCAUUUGGUAACACUCAAAUCAGCAUUUUGGAGUUAAGUCAUAGAUCAAACGAAUUCAAAAAUGUUGUCGAAACUGCUCAGGCAACUUUGCGCGAAAUAUUCCACGUCCCCGAUAAUUAUAAAAUUUUAUUUAUGCAAGGCGGAGGUACAGGCCAAUUUGCGGCCAUUCCAUUAAACAUGAUGACUACUGGUACUGCAGAUUAUAUAGUGACUGGAUCGUGGUCGGCUAAGGCGGCUAAAGAAGCAGCAAAAUAUGGCAAUGUAAAUUUAGUUCUGCCAAAAACAACGAAAUACACCGAGGUUCCGGAUCCAUCUACAUGGAAUUUGGAUCCAAAUGCAUCAUAUGUUUAUUAUUGCGCCAACGAGACGAUUCAUGGAAUCGAAUUCAAUUAUGUUCCCGAGACAAAUGGAGUACCUCUUGUUGCCGACAUGUCGUCGAACAUUCUAACGAGACCUGUAGAUAUCUCUAAAUUUGCACUGAUAUACGCGGGUGCCCAGAAGAACAUUGGUCCGGCAGGUGUGACGCUCGUUAUAGUGCGUGAUGAUGUUCUAAACCAGGCUGUGAAAGUCUGUCCAACAGUGCUGGAUUACACUGUUAUGGCAGCUGAUAAUUCCUUGCACAACACACCGCCAGUAUUUCAAAUAUACAUGGUCGGAUUAGUGUUCCAAUGGAUCAAAGAGCACGGAGGUGUUGAGGGAAUGGAAAAAUUGGCAAUCAUAAAGAGUCAGAAAAUAUACGAGGUGAUUGAUCAGUCUAAAGGAUUUUAUACUUGCCCAAUCAAGUCUGAUGUGAGAAGUAGGAUGAAUGUGCCAUUUAGAAUAGGCAAAGAUGAUGAGGAGCUUGAGAAGAAAUUCCUUCAAGGCGCAAGUGCCCGCGGAAUGCUUCAGUUAAAAGGUCACAGGACUGUGGGUGGUAUUCGAGGAUCAUUUUACAAUGCUGUUACUGUAGAUGAAGUAGAGAAACUUGCAGAAUACAUGAAAUUGUUCUACCAAGAGCAUUGCAAUGAAGUUUAGGUAUAGUAUAGGGAAUCUUAAUAAAUAUAUUUUAUAAAAAAUAGUCUGUAGCUACAUAUGCACCACAUAUAUAAUAUUUUUGCAAGCUUUGUAUACAGACAUUUAUAUUUUUUAUAUCGUUUUCUUUAUGAUUAUUCAAAUAUUAGGAAAGUUGGUAUUUAAUAACAUUCAUUAUAUUGUUGCACAUUGUUUUCAAUUUUAGAAAGAUACAUUUUCCUCUUUUAUACUUGUUGAAUAAAUUUUCAAUGUAUCAAUUACUGGAUUAUAGAAA